CCUUCUCAAUUUACUAAGUGGGAGAGACGAAGAGAAAGAAGAAAUGGAAAAAAGGAGCAUAGUUCUAUUUCUUUGCUUCAUUGUUAUGGCCAUGCCAAUGGUUCAAGACGUUGACUUAGGACCCAAAGCUGUUGAAAAAUGGUUCACAAAACUUCCCCAUGCAGAGCAAAAGGUAACCAAAUUUCAUUUUUAUUUCCACGACAUACUCAGAGGUAAGAAUCCAACUGCAGUUCAAAUAGCCCAGUCCAAUACAACUGCAAAAUCCCUAACUUUGUUUCGGUUUGUUGCAAUGAUGGAUGACCCAUUAACAGUUGGGCCAGAGCCCAAUUCAACAAUAGUAGGCCGAGCCCAAGGAAUAUAUGGUUCAGUUGAUAAAAAAGAAGGUGCCCUUCUCAUGAACCUCAACUUUGUGUUCACCAGUGGUAAGCUCAAUGGUAGCAUAUUGAGUGUACUUGGCCGGAAUCAUGUGUUUAAUGAGUAUCGUGAAAUGCCGAUCGUCAGUAAUUCUGGAGUUUUUCGGUUGGCUUAGCGAAUUGACCCUGCAAAGACUGUUUGGUUCAACAUAACCAAUGGGGAUGCUAUUGUUGAGUAUAAUGUUAUAGUCUUACAUUACUCACAUAUAGUCGUACAUUACUCACAAUAAUUUAAAGUUUUACAUGUUGAUUUUC